GCGAGUGCGGCGCCGCGCAGCAGCAGCCGCGCUCGCCGGCGCCGCGCAGCCGGAGCGCGCGCCGCGCCGCCGCCGAGACGGAGACGACGCGGCCCAUCUCGGUGCCGUGCCCGGCCAGCUCCAGCCUGGGCUACGACCUGCCGACGCCGUGGUCGCCGGUGUACACGGACGAGGUGAUCGAGUCGUCGUCGACGUCCAGCAGCAGCAGCGAGUGCGGUGACACGCCGCCUGUCCUGCUGCAGGAGAUCAUGUGCCGGCACGAGGCGCAGCGCGAGUCGGAACGGCUCGCCACGUUCCCUCGCUCACGAGACAAGACGAGCCGCUCGCGCGACGUGCGCCGCCGCCGACACAGCCGCGGCGAUGGCAAGGACUCGUCGCCUAGCUGCAGCACGCCGGAGGGCGACGAGGAGGAGUUUGAGGAGGAGGAGGAGGAGGAGGAGCUCUCUGACUCUGAGGGCAUCCCUCCGCUGGACCUGGACUCGAUGGCUGGCUCGGAGCCCAUCUCUAGCACUGUGCUCAAGGGCAGACAGCUGACCGAGGACGAGGUGAUCCUCUCGCCGCGCAACUCGUUCGUGCUGCCCGACGCCGAGUUCGUGGCCGAGCAGAAGAAGCUGUGCUCGCGCUUCAACGAGCGGCUGCCGGCGUCGCCGUGUCCGGGCCCGGCCGAGCCCCGCUCGCACCAGCUGCGGCAGACCAUCGCCAGCGCCAAGAAGCGUAUCCGCUCGUACGAGGAGUCGUUCGAGCGGCGCCACGGCUACCGGCCGUCGCACGCCGACCGCCAGAAGGACCGCGAGAUGAAGCGGUGCCUGGCUGAGCUGAGCCGCGCGCGCCGCGACCUGAAGGCGCUGAAGCAGGAGGCGGCCGUGGCGCUGGCGCCGCCGGCCGGCGAGAAGGAGAACCGCAGCCCGCCGCCGGCCGAGCAGACCCUCCAGCAGACCGUCAACGACGUCACCAAGCGCCUCAGCGAGAAGCGUCAGUGCGCCGGCCGGCCGCAGGAGCCGGACGCCAUGUCACGCGAGCAGGUGCUGGCCGAGAAGCUGGCGCUGCAGAAGGCACUGCUCUGUCUGGAGGAGCUGCACGGCCGGCCGGCCGAGAAACACGACCGGGACGUGGUGCGGCCGCUGUACGAGCGCUACCGGCUCAUCAAGAGGCUCGUCGUCAAGUCCGGCUCGCCUAAGCUGCGGGACUCGAUCGGCGAGCUGACGCCGAUCCUCGAGCACGAGACGAUGACGUUUACGGCCUCGGACCGGCCCGCCAUCUCGGAGCGCGACGACGAACUGGAGCCGUGCGGUCCGGCCGCCGGCGGCGCCACCGAGCGUCUCCAGCUCGACGACAACCUCCACAACCUGCCUGUGUCCGAGCUGCGCGACCAGCUGAGCCGCGCCAAGGACGAGAAGCGCCGGCUGCGCGGCGUGCUGCUGGUGUUCGAGGAGAACUUCCGCUCCAGUGUCGGUCGGAAGGUACAGAAGGACGACCGCGGCGAGAUGGACGACACCUACGCCGAGUACAAGCAGGUCAAGGCCAAGGUCAAGCUGUUGGAGGUGCUGGUGGCCAAGCACCGGUCGCGCUCGUUCACCAUGUGAGCCGGCCGAGCGCGCGGGUGCGACGCAGACUGGGGGCUGGCCCCGGCGACAGAGGGCUGGGCGGCCGCCGCCGCCGCCGCCGCCGCCGCUGCUGAACGCUGGGAGUGCGGCCGGACCGCGGCAGCUGUGUGGGCGUGUGUGUGUGUGUGUACAUAGACGUACAUUGGGCGCUGUGCUCUGGGAGCUGUGAAGCCGCGCCCGGCGGAGCGGCCGCCGCCGCGCGCCGGCCGUUGUUGUGGCGCGCGGCCGAGCGGACGGCGUUGUUUUGGAGGACGUUGGGCGGGCGGCUGCGGCACGCGCCGCUGUGUUGUACCUGCAGUGCUGACCGGACCCGGCACCAGGCGACGCCGACCGGACGGCCGUAGUUAUCGUAUGCGUAUUAUUUAUUAUACAGGCGCGGCCCUGAGGGCGAGGCGCCGGGCCGGCCGUCUCGCUGGCGGCCAAAUAUCAUCGACAAAUACACUGAGUUGUCGUGAUAAA